UUUUGUUCGACUGUUUGUCACAUUUUUUACGCAAAAAUUGUCUUGCGCAAUCACCUUUAUAUCAGUAUGUAUAUGUAGAUAUUCUGUGUAUUUAUUUACCUCCAAUGCUAGUAGGUAAAUAAAUGAAUAUGUUAAUAAACUUACAGACUGUGUAGUUUCAUGUCGAGUGCGGUACCUAUCUGUUAUAAAAUUGGUUGCGGUGCUGUGCGGGAAGUCGCCUUAAAUCUAACACGUGUGGGGCGGUAUGAAAAAGUGUCAAGCUUAUGAUGCCCACGUGAGAAAUAAAUCGAAAUAUCAGUCGAACGGAACUAGUUUGAAUAAAGAAUCAACAAGAUAUUUAAACUAUGGCAAUGAAGAUCAAAUGGGAAUUGAAGGAUUCGUCCACAGUAACUUGAAAUCGAACUUCUUUUUGAUGUUGUAUAUUCUGACAGUAGGAACUCUAAGGAUAUUUUUUCACUGGUAUCCCAACUUGUACAUUAAAGCAACACAUACUAGAUCCAGUCUCAGAUACGCGGAAAGAGUUCUCAUAACCGAUGUAUAUAAGAAGUUCAAAACAUUUUUCAUUAAGGACGUAAAGAUCGUAGAAGCCAAUGAAGAAGGAUCGACCGCGAAUCAAAAACAAGAAAAUAUUUUGGAAUGCAAUUUAUGCGAUGGUAGACAAAAAAGAUUAACCCGAGCUCGCAUUAUUAGACUUAAGAAAUUAUUAUAUGUUUGGGACGACGAAACAGAAAAUUUUGUAAAAUUAGCCGGGUUCGAUACUGGCGUAACUAGGGCACAAUUACAUUCUUUAAAAGGUCAAAGUAAAGAGAAACAAGAAGUGAAGAGAUUAUUAUAUGGUGACAACGAAAUAUCAGUUCCAGUUCAAUCAAUAUUAACACUACUAGCACUAGAAGCACUAACACCAUUCUACAUGUUCCAAUUGUUCAGUUUAAUAGUAUGGCUUUGUGAAAGUUAUUAUUACUAUACUGGUGCUAUAUUUGUAAUGUCAGCAUUCGGUAUUUCCACCUCUAUUAUUCAAACGAGAAAGAAUCAAAGAAAUCUCAAAGGAACAGUCAAUUUGGUUGAUAAAACCCUAGUUUGUAGAGGGAAUGGCGUUUUCGCCGAAAUACCCACAACGGAAUUGGUACCAGGAGACUUGAUAGCUAUCCCACCAGGAGGAUGUGAUAUGCAAUGCGAUGCAGUAUUAAUAACAGGAAAUUGUGUUGUUAAUGAGAGUAUGCUAACAGGUGAAUCUGUACCUAUAACGAAAACGCCUUUAGCGAAUGAUUCUAUGGCGUUUCAGCUGAAAGACAACGUAAAUCAUAUCCUCUUUAAUGGAACAAAAAUUAUACAAACCAGAAGUAACCAUAAUGAAAAAGUCUUCGCCGUAGUCAUUAGAACCGGUUAUUUAACAACGAAAGGAGAGCUUGUUAGAAGUAUUUUAUAUCCACCACCUGCGGAUUUCAAAUUUGAUACUGACAGCUAUAAAUUUAUAGGAAUUUUAUUCGCAAUUGCUACUUUGGGAGUCAUAUAUACAGUGGUAUCUAAGAGUACCAGACAAAUAGAAACAACUGAUAUACUGAUUAAAGCUUUAGAUAUAUUUACCAUAGCAGUACCGCCUGCACUUCCAGCCGCCAUGACUGUAGGAAAAUUGUACGCCCUCAAUCGAUUAAAACACAAACAGAUUUUCUGUAUUAACUCGAGGGUUAUAAACGUAUCAGGAUCUAUAGAUUGUGUUUGUUUCGAUAAGACUGGGACAUUAACUGAAGAUGAAUUAGAUAUGUGGGGCGUAGUUCCAGUAGAAAACAAUGAAGUGAAACCUGCGCUGAGAGAUGUUAAACAAUUAAAUAAGGCAUCUGCUCUUUUUAAAGGAAUGGCUACCUGCCAUUCUCUGUCUGUAAUAAAAGAGCAGUUAGGUGGAGAUCCUCUAGAUAUUAAGAUGUUUGAAGCUACUGGAUGGGUGAUAGGAGAAUCCAUGGAUGAUAGGAAACAUAAUCACAUCGUCGUCAGACCAAAUAUAGCUUAUUCGGAAAAAGGGAUCGCCGUACAACUAGAAAUAAUUAAACAAUUCCAAUUCAUAUCACAACUACAGCGUAUGAGCGUAAUCGCUUUUUCCACACACCAUGAUCAAUAUUCAGUUUUCUGCAAAGGUUCGCCGGAAAUGAUCAUGACAUUGAGCAAACCGUCGACUUUACCGAAAAAUCUUAUGGACGAAGUACAAAAAUAUACCGUACAAGGUUACCGUGUAAUUGCAGUCGCUACGAAAAAUUUAACGAUAAGCAGUCCCGAUACCGUCAAUAAAAUUGCUAGAGAAGAAGUCGAAUGCGAUCUGGAAUUUAGCGGAUUGAUAAUUUUAGAGAAUAAAUUAAAACCGGAAACAUCCGGUAUAAUAGAUACGCUGAUUAAAGCUAAUUUGAAAGUUGUUAUGAUAACAGGCGAUAACCUUCAAACCGGUGUUCACGUGGCUAAAGAAUGCGGAAUGGUGGAGCCUAAUCAACAUAUCAUCGAGAUUAUAACUGAAGAACCGACCGAUCAACAACUGGCCACCAUCAGCUAUAAAAUUAUUAGUGAAGCCGAUAUAACAAAACAGUUCAAGACUAGGUCUGAUAUAGAAAAAUACCAACCGAGAAAUUAUUGUUUCGCCGUUACCGGUAAAUCUUGGGGAAACGUGGUGACGUACUUUCCAGAAUUAAUACCAAAAAUAGUAACAAAAGGAGUAAUUUUCGCUAGAAUGUCGGGCAUGCAAAAACAACAAUUAGUCGAAGAAUUGAAGACCAUAGGAUAUUACGUUGCGAUGUGCGGAGACGGUGCCAACGACUGCGGUGCACUCAAAGCAGCUCACGUAGGAAUCUCCUUAUCAGAAGCGGAAUCCAGCGUAGCUUCACCGUUCACUUCAAAAAUUCAAAACAUCUCGUGCGUACCGAAAGUGAUCAAAGAAGGACGAGCAGCACUUGUAACAUCCUUCGGAAUAUUUAAAGUUAUGCUAUGCUACAGUCUGAUAGAAUUCACAUCGGUUAUGAUAUUAUAUAACAUAGACGCUAAUUUGACAGCUUUCGAGUUCCUUUACAUCGACAUAUUCCUCAUAUUAAAUUUCGCUUCUCUCUUCGGUAUGACGAAAGCUAAUAAAGUUUUAUAUAAAUCGGCGCCGGAAAACUCGUUGGUAGGAUUUAUUCCUAUUAGUUCUAUAGCUUGUUAUUUAAUAUUAUGCGCAGUUUUUCAAAUUUUCGCUUAUUAUUGGAUUCAAACUUAUAGUUGGUUCUCUGCUUUCGUUUACGUCAAGUCUUCAGUUCAAGAUUAUACAUCGUAUGAAAAUUACGCGGUUUUCACAGUAUCUAUGUUCCAAUAUAUUACAAUGUGCUUCGUAUUUUCAAAAGGAAGUCCUUAUAGAAGACCUUUAUAUACGAACAUACCUUUUACUUUAUCGUUGCUCGUAACAUGUGCAGUUUGCGUUUGGAUGACUUUGAUACCUUUCGACUGGGUUAGAGACAUAAUGGACCUUGAAGAUACUCCCAUUGAAGGGGCUGUUGCUAUGAUAGUUAUAGCCGCUGUUAAUUUCGUCGUUAGUAUUAUUUUCGAGGACGUUUUAGUAGAAUGUUUGUUGGGAAAAAUUAUUGUACCGAAAUUCAGAAGCAUUCACAGGUCUCAUAAAAAAUAUUUGGUAGUUUUGAGUGAUUUAAAUAGAGAUUCCAGUUGGCCUAACGUAAAUUAUAAGGAAACUACAGUUUAUAAUUCAGGAGAAAUUACUAAUGGUAUCAACAAUAGAGGUUAUGUAGAUGAUGAGACUAGGUAGUUAGAAAAUUGUUUUGAAAAAUGUAAGCGAAUAAUUUUUGAUACAUGACUAGUUGAUUGUUUUAUCUUUGUCAAAUAUUUCAUGUAGGUAAUCAGAAAAGUAUAGUGUGCAACACGUGAGGACACAGAUUAUUAUCAGACAAGUAUGGAAUAUCCUAUUUUUCUAUUUUGUACCUAUAACACAAUAUGCAAACGUUUUUCUUGGGGGAAUGCGGGGCGGAACGAGACGGCUAGCUUUAAACUCGUUUUUUAAAUAUAAAAUUUCAAAUCUAGGUACUUAGAUUGAAGAAAAUAAUCUAUAAUUGAGGUUAUGUUUCAUCAUAAGAAAAAAAGCAAACAUGGAUAUGAAGUGCAAAAUAUUUUGAAUAUUGCGAUUCCUCAUUACGCCCAAUUACACGUUAACCAUGGUUACAAAAAAUUACCAAUUAAUUGGAAAUAAUAGCAAAGUCAACUUUGCAGCUAUUUAAGUUGUUUAGUUAAGUUAGGAGGCACACAAAAACGGCCUCAUCGUCAUCACUAUCAACGUCAGCACCAAUUGUGACAUGCUGAACCAGAUAUUCACCACCACUCACAAUUACACAGUCUGACGCGCGUUUCGAUAACCAAAUUAUCGUCUUCAGAGACUGAAGGUAAACUUUUUAAAUUCGUUAUCGUCUUCAGAGACUGGUGUAGUGGUGUAAACAGUGUAUUCGCAGACGUUUCCAGAAAUUCCAACGCAACUCUUUUUUCUCUAUUCUUUAUAUUCCUUUCAAUAACGUUCUUUUCAUUAUCUAAAUAUGUUUUUCUUUUUGCACGUUCCACUUUUUUGGCCUCUUUAAUAAUUUCCUGUAACUUUUUCUAACUCAUGGACAAUUGCUGUUUUUUGGACGUUCUUUGUUUGUUCUGUUCAAUUUUCGGAACAGGCACAACAUUUUUGAAGACACUGUUGGAUAUGAUGUGCUUUUUACUACUAAAUCUGUUAUAUAAGACCAUUGUGGUAGAUUGAACAAUCCAUCUCUCGUCACUAUUGAAUAAACCUCUUCAAUAAUAUCCUUAUGGAGUUUUUUAUCAUCAGCUUGAUCUUGAUCGAUCAACUCAAUGUCUGUUGUAGCCGCAGUGCGAAAAUCGUCAUCAGUGAAAACAGUAUUAUCAGGAGUAAAAAUUCCUGUUUUCUUGAAGCCAUUUGAAGCGCUCUGCGUCGUACAUGCUCGAAUAAAUGCAGCUCUAACUAAACUAGAAAUUUGAAAUAAUAUCACCAUUUUUCGAGAAUUAGAUCUCGUCCAUCCGAACUUCCUCCUCAUAGUAACCACUAAUUGGUCUCAGUAAAGCAACGUACAGAGUUGAAUAUGGUGAGAUCAGAGGAUAGAGCACUUUUUGAAUCAGGCUAAAAGAAAUUCUGAUGUUACCUAAACCUAACCAGUUUCAUUCACUUCAGCCUUUCCUCCUGGUGGCAGACCCAGUUCAAACUCUUGAUGUGAUAUCAGCAAUUUGCCGCUAAUAUAUUAGAGUAAGUUUUGGGAUUCACCGCGAUUCCCGUCUCAUCACAGUUGAAAAUCUUUUUAGUGCCCUUGAAGUGGCUUCUGGUGAACGUAUACUAAUAUCAGGGUGUAAUAACGGCGACUUUUUAGAGAGCGAAUUAUUUAUGGCUUCUUCUGCCACUUCAAGUAAUUAUGGAGGUGUGCAAUUGAAUUAUCCACUUCGUUCUUAAUCUAUUUUUUUAUAUUUUUAAGAAAAACUUUGAAUCUUUUUAUAUUUGACGUGUCAUCAAUUGUUUAUGGAGUUUAUCAGUAUUACCAUCCAAUUAUAGUUACCACAAUUUGCUUUUUUAUCUGAUUCAUCAUCUGAGAUUUGUUUAAACAAAUCAUCUUUUCUGUAAACGACAAAUGGCUAAAAUUACUUUUGAGGGGGAGGGGGGCGAAUGAUGCCUACUAAUACUUGGAAUAUUAUCUGAGUACAUUUUCAAAUUAGUCCUGACAAGAACUAUAUUAUAUUUUACUUAAAAUAUAAGAAUAACAUGACGAAAAACAAAAUGAUUAUUUGUUUACAAUUUAUACAACUGUCAAUCAUAAUAUAUGUCAAAAGUGCUAUGUAAAACCGGCUGCGAUUUGAUCAAUCAGGAAUCUACAGAAUUGCCAACAUAAAUUCAAAUCAGUCCUCCUACUUUAAAAACGGGGUUAAGUAUAAUAUUUAAACAACUUUUUAAUUCAAAAUAGAAAA